AUGUAUCUUCUUAAAGAUAAGCCUAGAAGUCUACUUCGAGUAAAUCUCAAUGAUCUCAAAAGCAGUAAAAUGGAGAUUCAAGUGUUAAAUGAAAAUGAUGCAUUAGCAAUAGCCAAAAUUUCAGAUAAUGCUCUUUUCUGUACUUUAUGAGAUGAUAAAGUUUAUCAUUAUUCUAGCUAUACAUCAACUUCCUUUUUGAUAUAUCCUGAUUGUAGAAUUAGCUAUAUUCCUGAUCGCUUGUUCUCAUGUAUUCGUGUAUGCCCUAUUUUCUGUAAUGAUGAAGUGUAUGUUUUUGGUGGUCAAACUUCAAAUGGAUUACUAUUAACUCCAGAAAAAUAUAUCAUAUCAGAAAAUAAAUGAAAACAAAUUCGCAAAAUGAGCUGUGGAGCAAACUACUGCAACGGCUUUUCUUAUAAAAAUCAAAUUUUCUUUACUGGGAGUGAGCAUAAAAGUAUUUAUAUUUAUAAUGUUUUGCUUGAUACUUACAAAGAAAUACACGCUAAUUUAUCUGGCUCAGGAAAAAUUUUAUUUUUAAAAAAUACUGUAUUUUAUGUAAUUGAAAGCUCCUCAAAUAUUUUUGAAAUCAGCGCUGAUGAUCCAAAUAAAUUCAAAUUCUUUGGAAAAAUUUCAUCAUUUUGGGGCCCUAUAUCUCAAAUUGUGCAAUUUAAAGACUCUGUUUAUUUUAUAAGUUCUUACACUUCUCUUUAUAAAUUCAAUUUAGUUCAAAGAUCUAUUGAGAAGUUGAACCUAUCAUAA